UCGCGCAAUGUUCGUGCAAUGACGAAAACGAGGAAUUACGUUGCACGCAUACGUACAUUAUGUGUAUUGCCUCCUCUCGGCAGUCUCGAUUUCAUGAUGCGUCAUGCCGCGUUGCUACCGAAGCAGACAACAAUUUCCGCGCUGAAAUAAAUAAAUAAGUAAAAAAAUAGCGCGAGUUUUCCUUUCGGCGCGAUGGACCGAAUAAUCAAGGGUGUCAUGAAGUACCGAAAAUGUCACCGGGAGGGUAUGGUGAAGCAAUUCCAGCAGGUCCGAGACAAUCCACAGCCGAAAGCCGUAUUUUUUACCUGCAUGGACUCGAGAAUGAUACCGACCAGAUUUACGGAAACCAACGUCGGCGAUAUGUUCGUGGUGAGAAAUGCUGGCAACAUAGUGCCGCACUCGUCGCACUUUAUGGACGAAUUGACCAUGUGCGAGCCGGCCGCCCUCGAGCUCGGCUGCGUCGUCAAUGACAUAAGGCACAUUAUCAUUUGCGGCCACAGCGACUGCAAGGCCAUGAAUCUGCUCUACGCGCUUAGAGAUCAGGAGUUCGCCUCGCAGAAAAACCGGCGAAUAUCGCCUCUACGCGCCUGGCUGUGCGCCCACGCGUCCAACAGCCUGGAAAAGUUCGAGCAGCUCCGAGUGUCGGGCUACGAAGAGCCGCUGAUCUUUCGCGCCGAGACGCCGAUGCGCAAGAUCGUCGCCUACAUCGAUCCGGAGAAUCGUUUCGCCGUCGAGGACAAGCUGUCGCAGGUCAACACGCUGCAGCAGCUGCAAAACGUCGCCUCGUACGGAUUUCUGAAGAAGCGCCUGGAGACGCACGAUCUACACAUACACGCGAUCUGGUUCGACAUCUACACGGGCGACAUUUACUACUUCAGUCGGGCGCACAAGCGCUUCGUCGAGAUAAACGAGCUCAACGAGACGCCCAUUCUCAAAGAGAUCAAAACUUACUACUCCUGAAUAAUUAUAUUGAUGUAUCUAGAGUUAAAUAUUGCUGCGAAUCGCUGCAUUUAUAAGUUAUUUUUUUAUUUAUUAGUGAAAUACAAGGAAUUAAAUUCCGAACGAU